AUGCCCGGGCUGGUGCUCUUUGGCCGGCGCUGGGCCAUCGCCAGUGACGACCUGGUCUUCCCAGGGUUCUUCGAGCUGUUUUUACGAGUGUUGUGGUGGGUCGGUAUCCUGGCGCUGUACCUCAUGCACAGAGAGAAGCUGGACUGCGCUGGGGGCGCCCUCCUCCGCAGCUACCUCGUCGUCCUCCUCGUCCUCCUGGCGCUGGUCAUCUGCGCCGUGUCGGCCAUCGUGUGUGUCAGCAUGAAAGGAACCAUCUGCAACCCUGGACCGCGGAAGUCCAUGGCCAAGCUGCUCUACGCUCGCCUUGCACUCUUUCUGCCUGAGGUGGUCUGGGCGUCCCUGGGGGCCGCCUGGCUGGCCGACGGAGUGGACUGUGACAGGACUGUUGUAAGCGGCGUAAUUGCCACCGUCGUGAUCAGCUGGCUCAUCAUCGCCUCCACCAUCGUCACCAUCUUCAUUGUUUUUGACCCACUUGGGGGAAAGAUGGCCCCAUUGGCCCUGUAUGCCUCUGCUGGCCCCGACCACCUGGACAGCCCUGACACAGGCCAGCUGCUGAGUGGCCUCAGGACAGCCGCCACCAGCCUGUGGGAGACGAGGAUCAAGCUCCUGUGCUGCUGCGUGGGCGACGAUGACCAUACUCGAGUUGCUUUUUCGAGUACGGCCGAGCUUUUCUCAGCCUACUUCUCAGACACCGACCUGGUGCCCAGCGACAUAGCAGCGGGCCUCACCCUUCUCCAUCAGCAGCAGGACAACAUGAGGAGCAGGCAGGAGCCCGAGGAGGUGGUCACCCACUCCCCAGAGGCCUCCCAGGAGACAGAUCUGGAUGCAGAGUUAGAAAACUGCCGUCAUUACAUGCAGUUUGCAGCAGCUGCCUACGGCUGGCCUCUCUACAUCUACAGGAACCCCUUCACAGGGCUGUGCAAGAUCGGCGGGGACUGUUGCCGAAGCAGAACCACGGAAUAUGACCUCAUUGGAGGCGACCAGCUCAACUGUCACUUUGGCUCCAUCCUCCAGACGACGGGGCUGCAGUACCGGGACUUCAUCCACAUCAGCUUCCACGACAAGGUGUAUGAACUCCCAUUUCUAGUGGCUCUGGACCACAGGAAGGAGUCAGUCGUGGUCGCUGUGAGGGGGACCAUGUCACUGCAGGACGUCCUCACUGACCUGUCUGCAGAGAGUGAGACCUUAGACUUGGGGCUGGAGGUGCAUGACUGUGUGGCCCACAAGGGGAUUUCUCAGGCCGCCAGAUACGUGUACCGACGACUCGUCAGCGACGGCAUCCUGAGCCAGGCGUUCAGCGUCGCCCCCGAGUACCGGCUGGUGCUGGUGGGGCACAGCCUGGGGGCGGGCGCCGCGGCCCUGCUGGCUCUCAUGCUCAAGACAGCCUACCCACAGGUCAAGUGCUAUGCCUUCUCCCCACCCCGGGGGCUGCUGAGUAAGUCCCUUUACGAAUACUCCAAGAGCUUCAUGGUGUCCCUGGUCCUGGGGAAGGAUGUGAUCCCCAGGCUAAGCGUGGCCAACUUGGAGGAUCUGAAGAGGCGUAUCUUGAGGGUGAUCGCUCACUGUAACAAGCCAAAGUACAAGAUCUUGCUGCACGGAUGUUGGUACGAGCUGUUCGGAGGGGACCCCAACAACUUUCCGAUGGAGCUGGAUGGGGACGACCAGAGGGACCUGACGCAGCCCCUCCUGGGCGAGCAGAGCCUGCUGACGCACGUGUCCCCAGACUACUGCUCCCCGCUGCACUCGCCAUCCAAGUACCCCCCAUUGUACCCUCCUGGCAGGAUCAUCCACCUGGAGGAGAUGGGCCACUCAAACAGGUUCUGCUACUGCCCCACUGCCCAGUACCGGGCCAGGUGGGCGCACGAGUCCGAGUUCAGCAGGAUUCUCAUCGGCCCCAAGAUGCUGACUGACCACAUGCCAGACAUCCUGAUGCGAGUGCUGGACCGAGUAGUCUCUGACAGAGUGGACUGUGUCUCUGGCUUACCACAAGGGGUCCCUGAUGUGGACAUGGUGUAG